AAACAGACAAUAGUAGUAGCAGAUAGGUGGGCAGGCAGAGGGGAAAAGCAUAGCUGACUGAGAGACAGUGUGGGCUUGUUCGUGAAGGCACGAGAGGCUCAAACUUUAAGUUUUGUGUUUUUUUUAUUCCUGUAACCAAGGUGGAAUUACUGGACAGACACUCUCGUUCAUGAUUCACAGAUGAAUGGAAGAGUUUGAACCAUCUCUGACGCGCUAUUCGUCGAGACCUGCACAGAAAACUAAGCGAUAGAGCAUCAGAGAGCAAGUUUCCAGAGUUUAAACCUACUCUGAUUUUAAAUAUGAUGAGUUUUUGUUUUGGUCGUUUUUAAAAAAAACAAACAAACAAAAAAAAACCUGUCUCUAUCUGUUGGAGGAAUUCCAGCCUGUCAGCUAUUUUGGUUCCUGUCUUGCUUUCACUAUUUUGUGAAAGGAGACGUAAAAAGGAAGAGGAGUGCAAGAGAGAGAGGAGGGGAGAGAGACGUGUGUCAGGAGGGGAGAGAGACGUGUGUCAGGAGGGGAGAGAGACGUAUGUCAGUUGUUUUCAGAGGCAGCUGAGAAGAGUAAGUGUUUACCUGCUUUCCUAUUGGGAUGGAGAGGGGUUGGAUAGGAAGAGGAUUGGGUGGAGGGGAGCGUAGAAGGAGAAGAGAAGGAGAGUGCGGGUAGUUUGAGGGUUGUUUUGUGAAUGUGAUGCGAUACAAAGAGGUGCAGUUGAUAGUUUUGAUAUUAAAUGGAUAUACGUGUCAGAAAAGAAGUGAAGAGACAACAUGGUUCGGUGGUUCCACAGAGACGUCACAGGCCUGCAGGCCGAAGAAGUGCUGAAGAGUCGAGGCACUCAUGGCAGCUUUUUGGCUCGACCCAGCAAGAAAAAUGUUGGAGAUUUCUCCCUGUCUGUCAGGGUGGGCGAUCUGGUGACCCACAUCCGAAUCCAAAACACAGGAGACUACUAUGACCUCUAUGGCGGGGAGAAGUUUGCGACCCUGUCAGAACUGGUGGAGUACUACACAGCGGAGAACGGCAUCCUGCAGGACAAGGACGGCACAAUCAUUGAGCUCAAAUAUCCCCUCAACUGCUCCGACCCCACCACAGAGAGGUGGUACCAUGGUCACCUGUCUGGACCGAAUGCAGAGAAGCUGCUCGUGGCACGAGACGAGCCAGAGACGUUCCUGGUCAGAGAGUCGCUGUCCAAACCUGGAGACUUUGUUCUGUCGGUUCUGACAAACGAGAAGAGCAAAACUGGAGGAAAGAGGGUCUCCCACAUCAAGAUAAUGUGUCAGAAUGACAGGUAUACAGUGGGAGGUUCAGAGAUGUUUGACACGCUGACAGACUUGGUGGAGUACUACAAACGCAAAGGCAUCGAGGAGAUCUCUGGGAACUGGGUGUAUUUCAAACAGCCAUAUUACUCCACCAGAGUGAAUGCAGCAGAUAUCGACAGCAGAGUGAAACAGCUGGACCAGACCACACAGCAGCAGCAGGAGGGCGAGGGAGAGAAGAGCAAGGCGGGCUUCUGGGAGGAGUUUGACGCUCUUCAAAAGUUGGAGGCAAAGGUCAAAAAGAGCAGAGAGGAGGGCCAGAGGCCUGAAAAUAAGAGCAAAAACAGAUACAAGAAUAUUCUUCCCUUCAAUGACACCAGGGUCAUCCUGCAGGACACUGAUCCUAAUGUUGUGGGUUCAGAUUACAUCAACGCCAACUACGUGAAAAACACCCUGUGGGAGUCCGGAGAUCAGAAAGUUUACAUUGCCACCCAGGGGUGCCUAGCUACAACUGUCAACGAUUUCUGGCAGAUGGUAUGGCAGGAGAACUCGAGGGUGAUUGUCAUGACAACAAGAGAGGUUGAGAAAGGGCGGAAUAAAUGUGUGCCAUACUGGCCAGACCCUCAGAGCUCCAAGGAGGUUGGUCCAUACGUGGUGUCCAAUAAGUCAGAGCGAGAAGCUGCUGAUUACAAAAUCCGAGUUUUGGAGAUCGCUCCUGUGGACAAGCCAAAACAUUCACGUACCAUCUGGCACUACCAGUACAUGAGCUGGCCUGAUCAUGGCGUCCCUCAGGAGCCAGGUGGUGUCCUCAGUUUCCUCACUCAAGUGAACUCUAAACAGGCUGACUAUCCUGAUGCUGGACCCAUGAUCAUCCACUGCAGUGCUGGAAUUGGUCGAACAGGCACAAUGGUGGUGAUUGACAUGAUCAUCGAGACCAUUGACACUAUUGGUCUGGACUGUGAUAUUGAUAUCCCGAAAUACAUCCAGAUGGUGCGAGAGCAGCGCUCUGGCAUGGUGCAGACAGAGGCCCAGUACAAGUUCAUCUACCUGUCUGUGUCUGAGUACAUACAGACCACCAAGGCCAAAGACUGCGCCUACAUGGAAACCGAUACAGAGUAUGGAAAUCUGCAACUCAAACACCAACCAGCGAGCAGGAAGGUCUCAAAAAACAAGGAGGACGUUUACGAGAAUCUGUCAAAAGGAAAGAAAGAUGCGAAGAAGCAAAAGUCAGACAAGAAAAGCGGCUCAGUGAGGAAAAGAUAGAAGAGAAAGUUUUAUCAAAGUACGUCAUAUUGUUAUAUUUAUGCAGGCACUCUUUUAAAGAAUUUGUAUUUUAGUGGAGACCGUAUAUAAAAUAAAAAUGAAGGUGUAAAAUCAGAGACAAGAUAACCAGCUGACAUCUGAUGUGUCACGUGAAUGCUUGUUUGAUGUGUUUAUUGAAAAUAAAGCCAGAACAUGUGUGAACA